AUGGGUGUCCUAGAUGAAAAGUGUUACUCUGCCAGCUUCCAAGGUGUAUACACAUUUAGUGUUGGAAAAACUGGAUUAAACGAUUUUCAAAAGUUACAUACUGAGGAGUCAGAGAGAGCUUCAAAACCAUCACCAAGCUACAGCUCUACAAGCGAUGUCAGAAUUGGAGGAGCCGUUGAUGGUGGAUGGAGUGAUUUCUCAGCCUGGGGAGCUUGCAGUAGGACAUGUGGUAAAGGAAGACAGACUCGAGUACGGACCUGCACCAACCCGCCCCCUCAGAAUGGAGGGAGGAAGUGCAWCGGACAAGCCUCUGAGCAUCGACCAUGCAACGACAAGGGGUGUCCGGGAAUGAUAGUGAACAUAUAUUUCCCAAUGGAUGGAGGUUGGAGUGCUUUUAGUGUAUGGACCCAAUGUAGCAAAUCAUGCGGAGGAGGCGUACAAAAAAGACGUCGGACUUGCAGCAACCCUUACCCUUCAAACGGAGGCAAAUACUGCACUGGUGAUGAARAGGAAACCAAGUCAUGCAAUGAGCAGCUGUGUUCUGUUGACGGUGGAUGGACAGACUUCUCGGUCUGGUCUGACUGUAGUAGUUCUUGCGGUGGUGGAAUUCAAACUAGAAACAGAUCAUGUACAAACCCGACCCCAAAAGAUGGAGGAAAAUUCUGCUCUGGUCCUGAUGAAGAAUCACGGAAAUGCAACGAGGAACCAUGCUCUGAGAGCAAUCACAGUCCACCCAGUCAUGGAUGGAGUCCCAGGAUGGAGGAGCGGUUUGGCMUUCRUGGUGGCACGGCAGAGGAAGAAAACGCAGAAACCAACUCUAGAUUGUACAAGACAUAUGAAGCGGACUCUAAAUCAUCUAGAAAUAUGCUUAUCAAUGAAGUUACAACAAUACCUCUUCGUGUCGACUCGUUAUCAUCCGAUCCUAAUCGGAGGCGCCGUCGUGAAAAACGAAACAACAGUAAUACUCAUUCUAGAGGUGACAAAAAAGGCCGUCCAGAAGCGCAAGUAAGUCCUUAA